CACCCAAAAAUUUAAAAACAAAUAAAAAUUGAAACUGGAACUGUGCAAACAGCAAGGCAAAAUUGAACUGGGAGAGACUCAGAUUUUAAGAACAAUAAUAUGGAAGAGCAGCUGAAGACGAUUCUAACGCAAGCGUUUGGCGAGUCAUCAGACAGCGAAGGCGAAGAACAACAACAAUUUGUCCAUUCUCACUGUGCAGAGAAUCGGGAAAAUGGAAAAGCCCUAACCGGGUCAGUGUUUGGAGAAAGUCAUGACUGGGAAAAAAUCAGUGAAAUUGAUGGUCUCUGGCUGUGCAAAGACUUCCUAUCUCCUGAUCAACAAUCAAAUUUAUUGUCAUCAAUCCAAAAAGAAGGAUGGUUUGCUCAAUCUUCAAGCAAUCAGGCUAUGAGGUUUGGUGACCUACCAGGGUGGGCAGUUGAGCUUUCCAGCUCUAUCCAUGAGGCGAUUCUUUUCAGUAAUUGUGUUGCAGAGUUGGAGAACUGUGGAAAGGGCGAGGAAACAUGUAUCUUUCCACAAGAUCUGUUAUGGAGGGAACCUCUAUUUGAUCAACUUAUAGUUAACAUGUAUCAACCAGGUGAGAUUGCCUUAUUACAGGGGAUCUGUCCUCAUGUUGAUCUAAUGCGGUUUGAAGAUGGAAUUGCUAUCGUAUCUCUAGAGUCAUCCUGCGUGAUGCGUUUUACUCGAGUCGAGAACGAAACAUGCAACCAAGAUUCACCACAAACAGUGCCAGUUCUUUUGACUCCAGGAUGUCUUAUUUUGAUGCGGGGAGAAGCACGCUAUCUCUGGAAGCAUGAGAUAAAUCGGAAGCAUGGGUUUCAAAAAUGGGAAGGCCAAGAGAUUGAUCAGAAGAGGAGAAUUUCUGUGACACUUAGGAAGCUUUGCCGCACUGACUAGAAAUUUAAGUACUAAGACACUAUUGCUCAGCUUCACUUGGCUUGGGGGAUGACCAAAGGAACCUGUUUCGAUAAUUGUUCCAAUAAGCAGCUCAGGCUGCUAUUAUUCCCUUUGCUUCUAAGGCGAUGAUAUGGCAAUGAACAUUAAGUGACACAUUUUUGGCCUAAAAGCUUCAUGCCUUCUAUGGUUAGAAAACAUAUCAUCUCUGUACAUUUAACUUGAAACUGUCACUUUUUAAAAUAUUAUUUUCUUUAGUUUUUGCGUUUAUACCAGAGACAAACAAUAGAGGUAAAAGAAAGGUUGUAGCAGUCGUGGUUUUGAUUGAAGUGGCAUUUCCAUCUAUUAGAGCAA